UGAAUGCCAUAGUAUCUGUGUACUCAGAGUAUUUUUAUGAAAGAAGAUAAAGAGCCCAGCAUAGAUUUUAUUCUCAUCUUCACACAAUGGCAAAGUCAAAGUUAAGAAACAGCAUCUAAGGACACUAUUUAGGUGAGAAAGAAUCUAGAGGAUGGCCCUGAAUGACUGUUUGCUUCUGAACUUGGAAGUGGACCAUUUCGUGCACUGCAACAUCUCUAAUCACAGUGUGGAUCUCCCCAUGAACGACGACUGGUUCCACCCUGGGGUCCUCUAUGUCAUCCCUGCAAUUUAUGGGGUCAUCAUUCUGAUAGGCCUUGUUGGCAACAUCACCCUGAUCAAGAUCUUCUGUACUGUGAAGUCCAUGCGAAAUGUGCCGAACCUGUUCAUCUCCAGCCUGGCUUUGGGAGACCUGCUCCUUCUGGUAACCUGUGCGCCGGUGGAUGCCAGCAGGUACCUGGCUGACAGAUGGCUGUUUGGCAGGAUUGGCUGCAAACUAAUCCCCUUUAUCCAGCUUACCUCGGUGGGGGUAUCUGUCUUCACACUCACGGCUCUCUCGGCAGACAGGUACAAAGCCAUCGUCCGGCCAAUGGAUAUCCAGGCCUCUCAUGCCCUGAUGAAGAUCUGCCUCAAAGCCGCACUGAUCUGGAUCAUCUCCAUGCUUCUGGCCAUCCCAGAGGCUGUGUUUUCUGACCUACAUCCCUUCCACGAGGAAAGCAGCAACCAGACCUUCAUUAGCUGUGCCCCAUACCCACACUCUAAUGAGCUGCACCCCAAAAUCCACUCCAUGGCUUCCUUCCUGGUCUUUUAUAUCAUCCCACUGUCAAUCAUCUCUGUUUACUACUACUUCAUUGCCAAAAAUCUGAUCCAGAGUGCUUACAGUCUACCUGUGGAAGGGAAUAUACACAUCAAGAAGCAGAUCGAAUCCCGGAAGCGCCUGGCCAAGACAGUGCUGGUGUUCGUGGGCCUCUUUGCCUUCUGCUGGCUACCCAACCACGUCAUCUACCUGUACCGCUCAUACCACUACUCCGAGGUGGACACCUCCAUGCUCCACUUCGUCACCAGCAUCUGCGCCCGUCUCCUGGCCUUCACCAACUCCUGCGUGAACCCUUUUGCCCUCUACCUGCUGAGCAAGAGUUUCAGGAAACAGUUCAACACCCAGCUCCUCUGCUGCCGCCCUGGCCUGAUGACCCGGUCUCACAGCACUGGCAGAAGUACCACCUGCAUGACCUCCUUCAAAAGCACCAACCCCUCCGUGGCCACCUUCAGCCUCAUCAAUGGAAACAUCUGUCACGAGGGGUACGUCUAGACUGACCCUUGACUCUGCCCGCCUAGGGACCCCUGGUUUUGCUUUAUGGCUGGUAAGGAACCCUCACCAGGGUUGUUGUCCCUGUACCCUCCGAAGACCCUUUGACAGGCUUGUGAGUGAUGUGGGUGGGUUAGGGAGAGGCCCAAAUGGGUCACUAUAAAGUUUGAAAAGCCCAUCAAGG